ACCUCGUUAAAUGAACUCAGGGAACUGCGACAAAUCAUUGCAUAAGUCCAACUAACCCCCAACCGGUGCUCAAAGGCCAAAAAAACUUCCAUUAAUGGCGUCAAUUGAUCAAAAAACGCCGGAAAUCGAGGAAAAAAUAGAGAAAGGUUUUCCGGUUACUGGAGGAGUUGUGUUGACCGUCCCGUAUGAGUGGGGGUAUCCGUUUCGCGGGACCAAUAGAAGAAGGUCAAGAGGGGAGGUAAUUUAACCUAGAAAAAAGCACGGAAGUUUUUGUUGUUUACAAAAUAUAAGAACUAAAUAUUUUGUAAAUUAGUGACUUUGUCAAGUGUAGUAUUAAGUGGGAGAGAUUUCUUGAAUGUGAAAAUCUUGACGUACUUGAUAAUUGAUGGUGGAAGUGGAGAUAAUAAAUUUCCCAAUUUUAUCGUUCAUCAAAAAGUGAAUUUUUGGAAGAAAUGUCGUACCAGGGUUCACCGUUCUCUGCGAGGUACGGUCCGGAGGAUUAUGAACUCGAUGAAGACAAUGACGAAUACUUGGAUGAUGAGAGAGAUGUUGAAGACCCGGAUGAAACUGAUGAAGAUACCGAAGAGGCGAGUGAAACAGACAUGGGAAAAUCCGAGGAGUACACGGAAAUCAAAGAACAGAUUUAUCAGGAUAAAUUAGGUAAUCUGAAAAAACAACUGCAACAAUUAAAAGAUAAUAUUCAUCCAGAAUACAACAAGAAGGUGAAGAGGCUUGAAGCGCAAUACCACGAAAGAUUACGCCUGAAUGAAAUUUAUCGUGAUUAUCUAAUUGAUUGGGCUGAGAAAGAUUACAAAUUAGAGCAAAAAGCUGCUGCCAAAGAAUAUGAGGAGAAAAAAGUUGAUUUGAAAGAGAAUUUAUUAGCUGACAUGGAAGAGAAGAGAAAAAUGAUUGAAUCUGAUCGACAAACCAUGGAGUUGGCUGGCGAUUCAACAGAACAAUACAAGGUAAUAAAUAAGUCAAUUGAAUCGAAUCAGAGGUGGAAGGUUGAUAGAGAAGUGAAACCUGUAAUGACGAGGAAAUUAAGGCGAAGGCCUAAUGAUCCCGUCCCCGAGAAGGUUGAAAAGAGGAGAAAAGUACUUCAAGUACAGGUGAAUUAUCUCCUCGAUGAGAAAGAGGUUGAGAAUGAUUUGAAAGCUAUCAGCAGAGGAAAAGUUAUGACUGCUGUUAGAAAACAGGUGGUCAUGCCACAUUAUAAUCCAGUCAAUAUUCCAGCAUCACACAUCCCACAAUUAUCUGACGGCCCAUUAGUUGAAACGAAAAUUGAGGAUGGAAAAUUGUUGUACGAAAGGCGAUGGUAUCACAGAGGACAACCGAUUUAUGUAGAAGGAAAGGAUCUGUCCAAAUUUGCUGCUCACAUAUCAGCGAUUGGAACUGAAGCUAUCUGGGUGAAAAAAGUAUCAGACGCAUCCAAAGUCCGCAUAUUUACAGCUCAAUUGAGCCGUGGGAAAGUAUCAAUAAAGCGUCGUGCCUCAUAACAUAAAAAAAAACCGAGGAUUGUCCUCAGACUCUCGAGAUCGCGCGACUGCAACUCAAAUUCAAAUUUUUCCUCUCAUCUACCGAGUGACGAUGAUAAUUCAUUCUGACGGUACUUGUUUUCUGCCACCACCAGUACCAAACAUUUUUAUGGUAAUCAAGGGUCCAAAAUGUCCACAUAAAGUAUGAAAAUACUAUUAGAAAUAUGAGAAAAAUAAGGGAAUAGUUCGUCCACUUUGCUGGGGGAAAGUUAUCAAAAUUAUUUGAUGAAUAAAAAUCCCCAGCAACGAUGAAGAUGUAUAUUGCAGCGAGGGUCAUGGUCGUUAGGACCAUACAACGUAUGAGGUCGAUCUUUGGUGGUCGUAUGGAGAUUUGAAGAUCCCCAGGGGACUUCUUGAUAAAUAUCACGAGAGAGUGGAGGGGUUGAUGCCGUGGGGUGCGUUCUACGUCGAAAGCGAAACCACAUACCUCACAACUAGAUCUGUUAGACUCCUCCAGCCAUCUUUCAAGGCAGGGCUGGUGAACUGCACCCAUCGUGCCCUGAGAAUCAUUCGUUACAAAUUCUUUUGAGAACCGAAUAGGAAAUAAUUGGAAACAAAUUGGCAUUGUAUUGAGAAAAAAACUAAGCAGUACAAUAUACUUCUCGAUUUAGCAACGAAUUUUCAAGGAGUGAUGGAAAAACCUAACAAAUAGUUAUAAAAAUGUACAUAGCAAAUAUAUAACUAUAACUGAAAUGAA